CCUUAGUAAAACACAGUAAAAUGUAGAAUGGGCGACAGAAAACAAAAUGAAUGAAAAUAAUGAUGAAGACGAAUGUCCUGAGUUAGUUCCAAUUAAUUUAUUUGGCAAUGUUGAACAAGAAGUAUCAGGGAAACCUGCUCAGCGAGUUCCCGUGACGAUUGUAACUGGAUUUUUAGGUACACCGUAUUUUUUAUAAUAUGUUUUAUAAAAUUUUAAUAUAAGGCCACUACAAGUUAAUCUUUAGUUUCUGGUCCGCCGCCCGCGUCCUGUCUCCGUAAAGUAUUAUUUCAGGACUAUUUUGUUAUUUACAAUUAAUUUCUAGUUCUUGAAAAUCUCUGCGAAGGAUUUAACUUAUAGAACGAUAAAUAUUCAAUUUACACUAAAAAGACCAAGCAAAAUGUAGUAUUGAAUGGUAAAAACCGCUGCCUUAUCGAUAUUUACGAGGUAAAAAAAACUAGAAAUAUUUAUAGAUCAUUUUGAUAUGUAAAAUCCUUUGUAAUCUGUCAUACAUGUCGAUUUAUAAAUAAUAUAAAUGCAAUUUAUGUAAAAUUUCAUAACAUUUUGAUACAAUUAGCAUGAAAAGGGACAAUUAAGAAAGACCACAAAAAUGUGGGCAAAGCCACAAUUGUAAUAUUUAUGUCCUAUAGUCCUAACCACCCGCCCGCCUGCGUCGUAAACGAAGGUAAGGCCGGACCAGAAACUAAAGAUUAACUUGUAGUGGCCUAAAAGUGGAUAACAGUAAUUUUGAAUUUAACAAAUACGAAUUCUGACGUUUAUACUGCAGUCUACUUUGUAAUAAAACGUACUGCCAGUUUAUAUUUAACAGCUAAGUCAGCCCAGUAUGGUAUGUAAAUGCUGCGCCAGACAUAUCCAGCAAUAUCACUAUUAUAUAAUAUGUAUUUAUGUUACAAGUAUUUAUAUAUGUAAUCCCCGAGCCGGCGGCGCGAAGCGCCGUGCGAGGGUACUAAUUCCCCCCGGCUAUAUACACCCGGGGAAACGAAAGCAUUAGGGAAGUCUAAAGUUCAUCAAUGAGCGCGGGCGUCGGUCACCAACGAUGGGUGGUCAUCCUCACUGAUCUCAAAAAUAUGGCGGACUGUCAUGAAUAACGGACACUGAUUGGUCCAAUUUAAAGUUUGCAUUAUAACGACUGCAUGACGACAGCGAAAUAGCAAACAUUUCUUGAUUUGAUGAGUUGAUGAUUGAUAAAUUUGUCAAAUUUCUUGCAAAUAUUCUUCAUUUUUGCUCAUAUUUCUGCAAGAUUUUGUAAAUUUCAAGAAAGAAAGGGCCAAAGGAUCAGCUAAAAGAAGGGAGCCGACGUUAACGAAGGUAAGUUUGUUUUAAAUAUUGAUUUUAUAAUGGCUUUAAAACCCGACGGCUUUUGCGUAUAUCAAACAACUAAACAAGACAUACAAGACAGCAUAUAAUUUCAGUGUAUCUUUAAUAUUGAUUCCCUUUUUUAUUAUAUUGAAUUUUUUAAAUAAAAAAUAAAGCAAAGUUAUUUGCAAGCGAGAAUUUGAAAUCAUUUUAUUGCAAACUCAAAGUUUAUCGAUAAAGCCAUUUAAUAGUUAAAGGCAGUUUAGUUUUAUAAAGAACACUUUAAAACGUUUUGUGAAUUGUUUGUGGUUGAAUUUUACCUUAAAUUGAAGCUUGUAUUACGUAUAAUUACAUACCUAACAUAUAUAUGUUGAGAAAUUGAUAAUUUUGUAAUUAAAAGUGAUAUUUUUAGGCGAUUUUCAUUUGUAAGAAUAUUCUUAAAAAAUUAUCGUGUUACCAUAACAACUACUUUAGAUACUUCAUGUUCGGAAAAUACAACGGUUUUGUCAGCAAGGCGAGGGUUUCUGCAUGCAUGUAUUUUCUAGUAUGUAUUUGUAAUCCAGAACUGCAAAGUUUGGAAAUUGUGCACCGGAGAUUUCGAAAAUUUAAUAGUAAAUAUAUAGAAAGCAUUAAAAAUGCACAUGGAAGAUCUUCCGCGCGCGGUGCAGAAAAAUGCAGUCUGGUUUGUAUUAUGUACAGUAUUUAUAAUAGUAUUUGGUAGGAUAGGCACACACAAAAAAGUCUCAUUCCAUACAGGAAGUCAGCUGACAUUUCUUGACAAAUCAAUUCAAUGAGUGACCAUCCAGACUGGAAUAGGGUUGGGCAAUAUUUAAAAAAUCAUCUCACGAUUAUUGUCAAGGAAAUUAUCACGAUAUUCGAUAAUAUCACGAUAAAUGCAAUAAAAACAAUGACCAUUUUUUAAAUUUUAAUUAAUAUAUCAUUGCAUAGUAAGCUUAUAUAUAAUCUUAUUAAAAACAAGUAAAACAAUAAAUUAAAGUAAUAUGAAGGCUUUUUCUAGUCUAAUAUUUACUGUUCAUAAACCAGAACUGUCUAUGCAGUUUAUGCAGUGUCUACUGUGUCUCUGCUGCAAACGCAAGCAAAGCCUGCAAUUCCAUUGUUCAGCAGAUUAAUACAUAAAAUUAUAUUAGCUUUUGUAUCGUAUUUAAUUCAGGAAAUAGUUUUAAUUCUUUAAAAACUGUAUUUUCUAGGGAAUUGAAAGAAUUUUUUAGGAUUUUUAUAACAGCUAUAUACACAUGUGAAGCAAUAUCACGAUUAGUCAUCGAGCAUGACGAUAAUUUCGAUAUAUCAUUGCUCAAGCUUUUACCUUCGAUACGAUAAUCGUGAUUGAAAAUAUUGCGAUAAAUCAAAAUAUGGAAAUAUCGCCCAACCCUAGACUGGAAUGUAAAGUGUGUAUGCCGGACUUGUCCGGUGCACAAACACAAACUUUGGCAUACAUAAUGGCGUACAUUUGUUUACAUAGACUAGUAAUUGUUCAAAUUCAACAAAUAUGGACGAAACAGGUGUAUCCUAAAAAGGUGUAUUUGGAACUUUUGCAUAUUAAUAUUUCCAAAAUUGGCGUAUAUUUACAGUCAUGUACGUGCCUGAAUCGAUGUCCGGCAUGCAAAAAGUUAACUUUCCAGACUGGGUGACCAUCCUCCCUUCUGCAAACACCCCUUGGGAUUUGCUCACUACGCUAUUUGUACCUGGGCCAGAUAUUGUACUACUUAGGAAAGUCUCAAAGACCCUCAGGAAUUUCCUCAAAGGUCUCUGCUUAGGAAUGUUCGAUAUAUCGAAAAUAUCGGUAUUGAAACCAACAUUGGUUUAUUGGUAUGAGUUUUUCAGUCAUACCAACAUACCAAAAUUUCUGAUAUAACGAAAUUUCCAUUAUACCAAAAAAUUUUCGGUAUAUCAUUAAUAUCAAAUUUACACACUAUGCAUAUGGAGAAAUCUUUGUCAACAGCUUCGAAAUUAUCAUAAAUGGUGUUACUUUCCACUUUUUGAAUUAUUCAAAAUCAAAAUUUCCUUCAAAUUUCCACCAACAGGGUUCGUACAGGUCCUGGAAAACCUGGAAAGUCAUGGAAUUUCAAUAUUCCAAAAUCCAGGCCUGGAAAUCCUGGAAAAUCAAUUUCGUCAUGGAAGUCAUGGAAAAUUGAAAUUUUACAAAACAUUAACAAAGUAUUUUACUUUAAUAUUUCAAUUUACCAGUCAUAACAAUAAUAUGAAUAGUUGUUAUAUGACGGAUUUUUGCAAGAGCGAAGUGAAUUUUGUUCUUUUAUUAUAUCAGUUAUCAAGUUUGUUCAUUCACUGCAACCAGGUAUAUCAAUCAUGUUUCGCUCGCUACUCUGGUUUAAAUAAAUGAUUACAAAGCCCAGUCGAAUUGUAAUCAAGACCCAACGUUUCGACACUCCAGUCUAGUGUCUUCAUCAGGGGUGAUCUAAAACUGCGAUCGGCUUCUUAAAUACCCAAGGGAUGACGUCACCUGCCAAGAAGAUGCAUAUAUUCCUCUGGCAAGUAGGCACUGUCAUCCCUAUUCAAAGCAUGAUGACUCAUAUUUAUAUGCCACGCUUCUAGGCAAAGUCUUUGACCAUAGCGAUUGUUUGUGGUAAUUACUUUAGAGUUUUCCCACGCAAUCUCGUGUUUAGUAUAACAUACAUAUUCGGCUAAAGCUGAUUUCCCCUUGUCUAAAGUUGAAACAGCCUUUUGAUGUUCUUUUAGCUGUGUAUCAAACUGGCGUUUAGACUGACCCAAAUACUCUUUGUCGCAGUCACCGCAUGGUAUAGAAUAUAUAGCAUGAGUCUUCUGAUUUUUUUCAACAGGAUCUUUGGCUUUGCGAAAAUAUGGCCUAAAGUCAAAUAGGGUUUUAAGGCAACCUUAAUAUUAAAAUUACUUAAGAUUCUCUUGAUUGGUUCUGUGACACCUGUUCUGUGUCACCUUUGGUUCUGUGACCUCUGUUCCGGUGUCUCUAUCGUUUUGGAAACGUUUCGUCGAUGAUAUCAUCUCUACGGUUUCUACAAAUGAGAUCGAUAUUCUGCUGCAACAUUUAAAUUCUAUUGAGCCGUCUAUCCAAUUCACGGUAGAACGUGAGAUAAAUGGACAUUUAGCUUUUUUAGAUUUGAAUGUGCACAGAACUGUCGAAGGGAAGUUAGAGACUGAUGUUUAUCGCAAACCCACACACACAGACAAAUACUUGUCAUACGACUCUCAUCACCCAGUAAGCCAUAAAAGAUCCGUAGCAAAAACUUUGCUUCAAAGAGCUGAAUCGUUGCCGUCAAACAGUGAUUCUCAAGCUAAUGAACGUGAAUAUGUUCCAAAUGUUUUAGGGGAAAACAAUUACCCAAAGCGUUUUCUUAAUGAUUGCCUGAGACCACCUGUUUGUAGGAACCAAAAUAACUCCGAGGGUGAUACCUCUGUUAAGGGUUUUGCAAUAGUUCCAUACAUUCAAGGUGUCACAGAACCAAUCAAGAGAAUCUUAAGUAAUUGUAAUAUUAAGGUUGCCUUAAAACCCUAUUUGACCUUAGGCCAUAUUUUCGCAAAGCUAAAAGAUCCUGUUGAAAAAAAUCAGAAGACUCAUGCUAUAUAUUCUAUACCAUGCGGUGACUGCGAUAAAGAGUAUUUGGGUCAGUCUAAACGCCAGUUUGGUACACGGCUAAAAGAACAUCAAAAGGCUGUUUCAACUUUAGACAAGGGAAAAUCAGCUUUAGCCGAACAUGUAUGUUACACCAAACACGAGAUUGCGUGGGAAAACUCUAAAGUAAUUACCACAAACAAUCGCUAUGGUCAAAGACUUUACCUAGAAGCGUGGCAUAUAAAUAUGACUCAUCAUGCUUUGAAUAGGGAUGACGGCGCCUAUUUGCCAGUAGAAUAUAUGCAUCUUCUUGGCAGGUGACGUCAUCCCUUGGGUAUUUAAGAAGCCACGAUCGCAGUUUUAGAUCACCCCUGAUGAAGACACUAGACUGGAGUGUCGAAACGUUGGGUCUUGAUUACAAUUCGACUGGGCUUUGUAAUCAUUUAUUUAAACCAGAGUAGCGAGCGAAACAUGAUAUCAGUUAUCGUUAAAAUAUUAACGAAUUUCAGAAAUUCCAGACUUCCAGGUCGUGGAUUUUGAAAAAAGUGGUCAUGGGAAGUCAUGGAAAAGUCAUGGAAUUUUAAAUGGGAGAAGGUGUACGAACCCUGCACUAAGGAAUUUUCCUAUCUAUUUUAAAAGGCGAAAAACCGGUACACUGAUCAUAUCGGUAUAUCGUUACAGGAAAUUUCUCAUUCUGAACAUUCUUAACUCCCUCUCUCCUCCGCAGGCUUUUAGCCAGGGUCCUAAAAGAGGGCGUCCAAUUUUGGUAUAACAAUACAUCCACAGUAAAGAGGGGGGUUCGAGAAAACGUUCCUCUGGAAAACCUUUGAAGUUUAUGUUACUUCAUGUCAGUAUCUGUUCCAAGCUCGUUCGAAAUUUUUCAAACACACUUGGCGUGCCGCUAUGCUUCUUUACUUAAUUAUGACAUUUUCAUUCAGCCAGGUACACCAUCAAAUUGAUCAAAGCGUCAAAUGUAUAAUUACACCAACACAGAAAAAUCAUUACUGAUUAUUAGAUUACAUUAUUUGAUAUCGAAAGGAACUAGAUUCUGUUCCGAAAUAUGACAUACUCGAACCGAUCUGACCGCGUAGCUCAGUUGGCAGAGCAUUGGGCUGGUAUUCCAGAGGUCGUAGGUUCGAUUCCCACCGUGGUCAGGCAUAUUUUUCAAGCUUGCCCGGUGUGGAUAUACACUCAGAUUAACAUCACAAGCAUCAUAUUCACCUGAGUACAUUACACCAACACAGAGAAUGUAUAAUAAUAAUGAGAGUUGAAGCUAUUUCGUUUCAGAUAUAUUAAUAUACUUACGGAAAUAAUUGAAAAUAAUUUCCCUUUUCCCAAAGAAUUUGGGCGUCCAAAGGCGUCCAUUUUUUUGUUCUAGGGGCGUCCCAGGACGCCUGGACGCCCUUCUGGCUAGAAGCCAUGCUCCUCCGCAGAGGCUUUAGUUGGCUAUGAUUACGAUUAGUUUUGAGAUACAUUUCACUAUACUUUACAUGGCGGAUCUUGGAACCAUGUAAAGUGUAGUGAAAUCUAUCUCAAUACUAAUCGUAAUCAUAGCCAACUAAAGCCUCUGCGGAGGUGAGAGCUAAUUAACUCCGCUAUGGGUUUUUCCACAAGUUUAUAUUGUGUUAAGCCUGGUUUCCAUUUGGUUGCUAGCUGUCACUACCAAUGUCUUGAAACAUUGUUUAAAAGCUUUUUCGAAAACAAUUUAAUAUUAAAUACCGACAACCUUGUUUUCCAUUUGGUCAUUGCCACUUCACUGGCAGUCUUCCUUAUAACAUUCAAGACUAAGAAGACUUUCAUAGUGAAAACCAGUGAAAGCUUGUGACCAAAUAUAAACCUAGUCACAUACGCCCCUGCAGCUAGGGGUUUGCACUAGCUAGCUAACUUUGCAAAAAAUGCAAAUGCCCGGGUGUUUCUCGGCUAGUCAGUUUCAUUUACUGUAAUAUUUGAUGACUACAUAUUGUACUGUAUCUUCUAACAAAACAAGAGUCUGUAAGUUCGGGAAAUAAAGAUGGACAUAAUAAUUAUGUACAGUACGGUACAGGAAAGAAGUUGAAACUUAUUUGAUGGUUUUUUCAAUGUUAAAGAUUUCCUUAGUAUGCACCGGAACCAAUUUUUUAAGUUCCGGCCGGAACAGGAACUGAUUUAUUAACUAGUCAUAUGUAUGUAGUCAUAUGUUACAUUGUCUGCUGCCAGACAGGCAGACACUCCAAGUCAUCAAGGAGAGAGCUCGCAAACAUUAGAAUAAAAAGAUUGACAAACAUUAAACGUCAUGAUGAAGUGUUAAUAGUGUACAUUUUCCUUGUGUAGUCCAAAUUUCUUCCUACUGUGAACUUUUGUUUAACUCAAAAACGUUUGUCACUGAAAACGACAGAGUUCCGCUUCUGGCCAUGCUUUUUUUAUUAGUUGAGUUCCGGCAGGAACAGGAACUCUGAAAAAUUGGGGUUCCGGCCAGAACUAACCGGCCAGAACCGAGUAAUUCCAGUGCACCCCUAUUCUUUAGACUUAAACUGUUUAUUUUUUUUCAUUACUAACAAACCCAGGUGCAGGAAAGACAACAUUGUUGAACUAUAUUCUUACAGAAAAACACAAUAAAAGAAUUGCUGUUAUUUUAAAUGAAUUUGGUGAAGGUAAGUUAAGGUAUAGGGGAGCAAUGAAUCGCACUGCUUGGGUUUAUUAGGCCCGGUUUAGACGCCGUGCUUUUCAUGAGCUGAACUUAAUUCAUAUUUUACUCGAGUAAAAUAGGCGUACUUCCAAUUUUGAUUUAGACAGGCGUGCUUUUCAUGAGCCGUACUUAAUAAUUUGCGCUGCUUCACUUCGAAACCUGGGGCGAGUGACAUUUCAUAAUAAGAAAAAAGGGUUUAUCACAUACAAUCUUGGCAUUUCUGAGCGUCUACAGGUUUGCGGUUAUUAAAAAUUUCAAUUGCUUUUUGAAAAGCCUUAUUACUACAAACAUAGCAUAAUGCCUGGAUAUAAUGUGUGGGAAAACGAGACCUAUAGGCUUAGGGCGAGUUUUUCCACGUUAUUCGAGUUCUCCAAAACUACUACAAGUGUUUCUAUAACUGUAUGGGUCAUACAUAAUAAACGUUUUAUAUUUAUUUCAUAAUAUAACUAAAAAAAGUUUUGUAGUAGACUCGAUAUAUUUACAAAUUCUCAUUGCGUAAUAAUCAGAAAAUCGGAAGGUGGGCAACAGAAGCGACAGAACUUCUAGCAGCUAGCGCCAUGAGCAGUCCUUGUAAUUUUCGACAGCAAACGGCAAUUGCCACCGAAAAUAAAAUAGCGACAGCAACUUUAGGCACUACCUUCUUAAUUUGAUUUGUUCUUCUAAAAACAUUGCUGAUAUGUCUAUGAACAGCUGGGUAUUUUAAACCAAACUAGAAAAUACAUGCAUGCAGAAACCCUCGCCUUACUGACAAGACCAUUGUAUUUUCCGAACAUGAAGUAUCUAAAGUAGUUGUCAUGGUAACACGAUAAUUUUUUAAGAAUAUUCUUACAAGUGAAAAAUCGCCUAAAAAUAUCACUUUUAAUUACAAAAUUAUCAAUUUCCCAACAUAUAUAUGUUAGGUAUGCUAUUAUACGUAAUAUAAGCUUCAAUUUAAGAUAAAAUUUAACCGCAAACACUUCGCAAAACGUUUUAAAAUGUUCUUUAUAAAACUAAACUGCCUCUGUUAAGUUUAAUUAAAUGGCUUUAUCGAUAAACUUUGAGUUUGCAAUAAAAUGAUUUCAAAUUCUCGCAUGUAAAUAACUUUGCUUUCUUUUUUAUUUAAAAAAUUCAAUAUAAUAAAAAAGGGAAUCAAUAUUAAAGAUACACUGAAAUAGUGAAAUUAUAUGCUGUCUUGUUCAGGGUUGGCAUUUGUUCUUUUACUAUUUGUUCUUUUAUGUUCUUUUAUAAUAAAAGAACAUAUUUUUUUCGCGAAAUUUGUUCUUUUAUUUUCUUUUAUUAUUUUUAAUUUUUUAUGUUCUAUUAGUUUGAAAAUCAAGAAUUUUCAAAAUUCUUAAAUUGUCACUUAACAAUUUUAUAAUAUAAACAAAAUAACCAAAUACAAUAAAAAACAAUUUCAUUACCAGUCGAGACUCCAGAAUCAAGAAUGCGCAUGAGCAGGAAUUAAUAUGACAUAAAAUCUGGAUUGUUACAAACACUCCUUCUUCGUCAUCGUAUCUUCUUUGACAUCAUCGUAUUUUUUAUUAUUACGUCAUCAUAUUUUUAUCAUGACGUCAUCGUAUUUUUCUUAAAGCCGAAAAUGUUCUUUUAUUAUUAAGAACAAAGAACAUUUUUUUCCUGAAAAAAUGUUCUUUUAUCCAACCCUGGUCUUGUUUAGUUGUUUCAUAUACGCAAAGAAAGGCCGUCGGGUUUUAAUGCAUGAGUCAAUUCCAGGAGUAACCAUCCCCCUCCCCCGGGAACACACCCGGGCAUUUGAUUUGAUUGGUUAUGAUAGUGUAAAUGCCCGGGUGCCGGGACACAACUUGAAGACUAAUGCACGGCCCCUGGGCAAGCUGAGAGUGGAAAAUGCCCCACCCCGGGGACGAUUUUACAGUCGAUUUCACGAAACUUUGACCACAAAUGUUCCGAACUUCGUUGCGAAGUUCGCAAGUUCGUUGCGAAGUUUGGAAGCUCAUAUUGGAAUUCACAAGCCAAUUUGUAAACAAAGUCCCUGAUUGGUCCGUGAAGUAAAAGAAGCCAAUCAAAUGCGUAGUUUACGAACUGAUUUGUGAAUCUCAUUAUGAACUUUUGAACUUCGCAACAAUCUUGUGAACUUCGCAAAGAAGUUCGGAAAAUUUGUGGUCAAAGUUUCGUGAAAUCGACUGUAAAAGUUAAUUAAACUUUUAAUGGCAUAUAAUCAUAGUCAUUUAAUAACAUUAUAGUAUUAAACUGCAAUGGAAUAUUAUAAAACAUAAACCUUUAAUAGUUGUAUUUAAAUUUGCAUGGCACAGGGUAUAAUUUUCGCUUAUUCUUACAAUAAAUUUCACGCCACCUUGACCACGAGGGCGCAAAAUACGAUCAGCGCGCCCACAUGCUUGCCUGAAACUAUGUUUUGCUGCCUUAAAAUUUGUGGGUGGGAUUCUGGGCAACCAUUUGUCAAAUCCCCGGGGUCCUCCAAUACCCGGCCCCCGUGCACAUAUAUGAAAGGCAAAUUCCCGACCCCCGUGAACUGUCUAUCGGGCAAAUUCCCGGGGGUGUCCGGGGGGGGAUGGUUACUCCAGGAAUUGACUCAUGCAUAAAGCUAUUAUAAAAUCAAUAUUUAAAACAAAGUUACCUUCGUUAACGUCGGCUCCCUUCUUUUAGCCGAUUCUUUCGCCCUUCUUUCUGAGAAGGCUUUGACUGAAAUUCACAAAAUCUUGCAAAAAAUGCGAGCAAAAAUGAAAUAUAUUUUGCAAGAAAUUUAUCAAUCAUCAAAUCAGAAAAUGAAGAAAUGUUUGCUAUUUCACUGUGGUCAUGCAGUCGUCAUGAUGCAAACUUUAAAUUGGACCAAUCAGUGUCCGCUAUUCAUGACAGUCCGCAAUAUUUUUGAGAUCAGUGAGGAUGACCACCCACGGUUGGUCACCCACGCCCGCGAUAUUUGAUGAACUUUAGACUCCGCUAAUGCUUUCGUUUCCCCGGGUGUAAAUAGCCGGGGGGAAUUAGUACCCUCGCACGGCGCUUCGCGCCGUCGGCUCGGGGAAAAGAAAAUUUAUUUCUGAGUUAUUUUUUCCUUAUUUUCAGUCUGCAGAGUUUAGUUGCAUUUUACAAUUCAUUCAUUACCCUGCCAGUACACAACGUUGCUCAACUUGCUCUCAGCGUUACAAAGUAACAAUUUUAGAACAACGUCGUGUAUAGCAAAGUAAGAACAGCGACAGUACAGUGUGCACAAGUGUUAAGCCCGUUCUCCACUAGGCGAAUUUUUUCGCGCGACGCGAAGCGAAAAACAAAUCUUGGCAAUGUGAUUGGUUAGCGAAAAAAUUCGCCGCGAAAAAGUUGGAUUAGUUCCUACUUUUUUACUGUUCGCGCGAACAAAUUCGCCUAGUGGAGAACGGGCUUUAAUAUAUCUUCUAUUUUAAGGUAUUGACUCAGAGACAAAAAAUCGUCAUUAAAAGACAAAAAAUUGCUGCCGAACUGCCGCCAAACUCUAAAAUAGAGACAGGGCGCAGUAAAACACGUGUUAAGGGCAGUGUUUUACUGCGUCCUGGCUGAGCCAAGUCGUGCACGUGUGAUCACACGCCAUUCCCCAGGAUGGCCUAUUUAAUGAGACCUUAUUCCCAAAUUAAGAUAAAAACUUAUGGUAGAUAAAAUAAAAAAGUGACCUGGAUUUUCGUUUGAAUUUAAAAACAUGUCAGUUAACACUGCAUUAACAAAUUAUCUGCCUUUAAUACAUGACAAUAUACUGUAUGUCCAUUAUUUAAGGGUCAGCAUUAGAAAAGUCGAUGGCAAUUGGUCAAGGUGGUAAUCUUUAUGAAGAAUGGCUAGAACUGAGAAAUGGAUGUCUCUGUUGUUCUGUUAAGUAAGAAACCUUUAGUUGUAUUGAAGCUCAAAGCAUAGCACUUGGAUAUUGACAUCAGUAUGAGUUUAAUUAUGUUAAAGAGGUUAACCAACCAUAUGCGCGACAACUGAACUAAAACAAACUUGUUGAAAUAUGCAGUUGGAAUUAGUUUAUCCACGAUAAAUUGUACUGAGUAGUAUACUGUAGCUUAAAGAACUGAGCAGACCAACCUUGCAGUUGUACACAUGCGUCAGCCAGAAGGGGUCCUGAUUUCACAUAAUUUAUUUAAUUUUUGGUUAAUAUUUUGAACUUCAUUGUGUUGGUGGCCACAAUGAAUCAUAUUUUUAGGAUGCUGCCCGUGCCAUUAAUCUGACCGUAUUACGUCUAUUUAUUUGAAAAAGUCUUAUUGAAAGAAGAUGCUAUAAUUAUGGAACUACUAUACCCUUCAUCUACUUAUACUGUACCUACCCACCUCCAUACUUCCCUAAUUAUAAAAUUACCUAUCCACAUGCAGUGCCAACUACCAAGUGUUUUCUUGCCAAAACAGUAUAUAAACAUAUACUUCCAUACCUACCUUCUAGUCUAUAUACUCUAGUUACUUAGUAAAACUCAUACUAUAUAUACUUUCAUCUCUGAGUGCGAUUGCAGCGUUUUUAGGCACUGUAUACAAGUUUUUUUACAUAGUAGUAUUUUCCCAAACUUGCUUGAGAAGCGGGUAAUAAAUAUCUCAAAACUAUAUUUAACUCACAACGGUAUAUAUGUUUGGUGAUGUUCAUCCAGACAGUAUUUCUACUAUUUCACUCAUAUACGUGUACUACAUCACACCAAAUUAAAUUGUCCUGACUCCUAAGGCUGAGCCGUGUCCGCUGAUGCAUCCGUAAUGCGUGUCGGGUGAACGUUUUACGAUGGAUUUCUGUCAAUUAUUAACUGAGACACCAUAAGUUUGAAACUAGUUUUAGUUAAAACGUAUUUGAACGUUGAUUUUCAAUUCAGUUGUCCGACGUCUGUACGCCUAUAUUAAUUCCAAUUUUAAUUCCUAUCAAUCAAUUCCAAUAGAGACAUAGGAGUGAAAGCGAUUGAAAAUCUAAUGAAGAAAAAAGGGAAGUUUGAUUAUGUUUUACUUGAAACAACUGGUUUGGCAGAUCCAGGACCCAUUGCAUCAAUAUUUUGGAUGGAUGAACAGUUAUGCAGUGAUCUCUAUCUUGACGGUAUGCCCUUUUUCAUUUAA